ACCCGGAAAAAAGCGACGGCGGAGCCGCGGGCACACCCCCUCCGCCGCCCGGCCCUCCUCCGCGCCUCGGCGUGCGCGCAGCCCGCAGCCCGCAGCCCCCGGCCCGGCCAUGCGCGGGGGGCGCAGCCCAGGAACGCCGCGGGGGUGAUGCCAGAAGGAGCCCGGCAUGCCGUACCUGGACCGACAGAACCGUAUCUGCGGGUUCCUGGACAUCGAGGAAAAUGAGACCUGCGGCAAGUUUCUGCGGAGGUAUUUCAUCCUGGACACCCAGGCCAACUGCCUGCUGUGGUACAUGGACAACCCGCAGAACCUGGCCAUCGGUGCGGGUGCUGUUGGAUCUCUGCAGCUGACCUACAUCUCCAAGGUCAGCAUCGCCACCCCGAAACAGAAACCGAAAACUCCCUUCUGCUUCGUUAUCAAUGCGUUAUCUCAGCGCUACUUCCUGCAAGCCAGCGAUCAGAAAGACCUGCAGGACUGGGUGGAGGCCCUCAACCGGGCCAGCAAGAUCACGGUACCCAAGGGCGGUGGCGUCCCGCCCGCAGAGAUCACGAAGCCCCCGGCGGUGCCGCAGGCGCAGGAUAGGAAGCCUCAGGUUGCCUACAAAACCGAGAUCAUCGGGGGCGUGGUGGUGCACACCCCCAUCUCCAUCAACCAGAACGGAGGGGACGGGGCAGAGGGCAGCGACCUGGCCGCCCACCCACUGCUGCGGCGCUCGCAGAGCUACAUCCCCGUCUCGGCCACCAAGCCGCCCACCGGGCCCCCCGCCAUCAAGAGCGGCUACUGCGUGAAGCAGGGCAACGUGAGGAAGAGCUGGAAGCGCCGGUACUUCGUCCUCGAUGAAUUUUCCAUCAGUUACUACAAGUGUGAGCAGGACAAGGAGCCCUUGCGUUCGAUCCUGCUGAAGGAUGUGUGCAAGACCCACGAGUGCCUGGUCAAGUCUGGUGACCUCCUGAUGCGGGACAACCUCUUUGAAAUCAUAACGAGCUCCAGGACCUUCUACAUCCAGGCAGACAGCCCCGAGGACAUGCACAGCUGGAUCCGCGCCAUCGCAGGGGCAGUCCAGGCCCUGAAAACCCGCCCCAGGGAAAUCUCCUUCAUGAGGUCCUGCUCCAUGACCAAGCCGGCCCCUUCCCAGCAGAGGCAGCCGGCGGAGGAGAGGAAGGCACUUUGCAAAGCCCCCUCGACCUCCUCCUGGCAGCCGUGGACGCCGGUGCCGCAGGCGGAGGGGAAGCAGCCGGCGCUGGCGGAGGUGCCGGUGCCGAUGAGGGACGCGGUGUUCGUGCCGGCAUUCACCGAGCGCGACGUCGGUGCCACGCAGGGCCAGCGCCUGCGGCACAGGUCGGAGCCGCAGCACCUGAAGGAGAAGUCCUUCGCCUUCGACCUGGACGAUGAAAGCAUCCGGACCUCCGACGUCUGACGGCGCCGAGCCACGCCGCGGCUGCAGGGCGCGGGGACUUGGGGACGCGUGGCCGCUGGUGGGGCUGGACGAGCUGGUCUCCUCGGUACUUCUGCCCAGCCCUUGGGACCUCGCCUGCCCCAUCGCCUCGGCUGGGACGAGAUUUGGUUCCCUUCCUCCACUGCUGCUCCUCCAUGCGGCGCUGGGCUGGGCCAGACGCGCUCCCUGGUGCCUGUGCUCCAUGGGGAGAAGCGGGGCUCCCGUCCUGCUCGCCCCUCAGUUGUGGCUCGGUGAGCCCGGGGGCCGUGGUCUGGCAGCGGCUGGCUGAGGUAGUUUGGGGUUUUGGCAAGCUGCCUCCACCCCGGGCACUGCCUGCCUCCUGUGCGGGGUGGGAAGCGCCAGCUCUGCACUGCUGGUGGUGGGGGGGUGUCCUCUGCAGCAAAUGCAUCACUUCUCCCCAAAAACACCCCUGGAAGAAACAGCAGGAGGGCUCAGAAGCAGGAAAGGGGGGAGUGAGGUGGCCUUUCUCGUUUCUGGAUAAAUGUUUUUCUCCCCUUUUGUGCUGCUCAGUCUUCCCCGGGCACAGCCAGGGAGCUGCACCACAGCGCAGCUGCGCCCGGAGCAGGGGAAGCGCUGCAGCUUCCAGUGCUGAUGACAUUUUUUCCAAGAGACCAGCUCUUUACCCUGCUCGACUAAUGGUGUAUUGGCAAAUCUGUUUGCUUUUCAUUCCUUCUUUUUAUAUCUGUCGCCACUGCUAAGCUCCAGCAGACUCCCUGCCCAAAGCCCUCUGCAAGGUUUUAGUGAUUUUUGCUGCGAGCUGCUGCUGGGCAGGCUGCUGGGGCCGCAGCGACCGGGGGCAGGAGUGUCCUCAGGUAUGUCUCCAGUUCUGCACUGCGUGCAGUUAGGCACCAAAGAGACGUGCCUGAGUGGUGAAGGGCUUUUAAGAAAAAGCAACAAAAGCCGAGUGUUUAAUGAAACUCAGAAGACUCGUCCAACUGGCCUCUUACCCGCCUUGAAAUGAAAAUGAGCAGCACCUUUUUAAGCAACGCGAGCCAUUUCCAUAACCAAAUGCGCUCAUGUAGGAGGUGUGACAAAUAGCACAUCAAAAAUUGAAGUGAGAUUGCCCGAUACCUGCAGUGCACGGAGGGCUCUGGAGUUAGCAAGGCUUCCCUUCACUCUGUGCUCGUUGCCAUUUCUUUGUCAUUACAUGUUCUCUGCUUUGCAAAAUCUGCUUAACGUGCCCCCCAGAAGCAAAACCUCUGAUUUGUCCCUGCCUUUUCCAGGUCUGUGUGCUCUAACCCAGCUCAGGCAGCCUGGGAUCGAGCGGGGUUUUAUCACCUGCCUCGCUGCACAUCCCCGUGAGGUUCGGGCAUCUGCCGAGCCCUGGUGUUGGAGACGAGGCCAGAGGGGAAUUUCGUAGCUUGGCCGUGCCCUGCAGGUUUUCUCCCCUGUCCCUUCACAGCAGCCCUGCACAGCCGUGCUCUGCACAGAGCGUGGUGGCUUUGGGGAGGUUUGUGCUCACACCCACACCUCCGUGCCCGCGGCAGGAAGGGGAGGCAGCGGCGGUGCCUGGGGCAGGCGCGGUCUGCACGUGGAGGCGUUCUCGUUUUUCACAGAAUCAGUUGGCCAACACGUGGCUUGCCAGCAGUACGUUGUCAGAUGGCAUUAUUUUGCUUUCCUGCGGUCUGCUCUAGGCCGCGAGGGGCAGCUGAAGGUACACUUUAUAGAGCCUGCGAGGCGGCGAGCGGGGCCUCCCCAACCCGGUGGGCGAGAGUGGCUCACAGGGGGCUUGUGUGGAAAUCCUGGAGAAAAUUGAGAGUAUGAAAAUGAGUGGGAAUCGAUGCAAAUGGUACUGGGAGAAUGUUAAUAUUUGUUAUUUAAUUGUAGAAAUCUAGGUUACGCCGUUCCUUUUUGCUUUAUUUGCACUAGUGUUUGAAUUUUUUUCUCUAGGCUGACUUGCUCUUUGGCUAGUUAGAUGUUCUGUUUCCGAAAAUGUUUUAAUAAUUUGGUAAGACUUUCAACCAUAAAGUUACGGCACUUAGUGAUAUCAGCGCUCUGACCUCAUUUCUGGAGAACAUUGAAUGUGCAGGGACGAUGGUUACUUUGUGCAAGGCUUCAAAAACACAGAGUACCAAGUAUUUUUGUUGCUUGAUAAUUGCAAAGUUUCCUCGGGCCUGGGAUGGUAAAGCAGAAGCUCGUUGCGCAAUUACGGUUAAUUAUCCAGGAGGAGAAGCUACCAGUGGCUCCAGCGUGGUUGCGACAUCCCCGUCUCUCAUUCCCACCCUCCCUCCGUCUUCAGGACAGCGCGACGGCCUCGGCGGUGGCACGUGGACGUGGGACUAAAGGCAGCGUGCUCAGAGCCGGCCCCAUCCGUGAUGGUGACCCCCUCCUGCAGGAAUUGCUCCUGUCCUGAGGACGGACAGAAACACGGACAGGAGCACAGCCAGACCUCGGGGCUCUGCAGUGAUUCCUAAAACCGGUGCCCCACGUCCUGUAGGUUUGGCUCUUGGCACUGGUGUCGGGGUGAAUGCAUCGCCCUGGUGGCUGCCCCGUGUCCUGCGUGGGCCCUUUGGGAAAUGAAGCUUGUGCCGAGUUUUCCCUGCUUUAGUAGCGAGUGCGGGUUCAAGGUAUCUUGUACGGAAAGAGCGGAGUGAGGAAUGGGUUUGCUGUUUUAUAUGAAAACUCCCAAAUGGUUUCAGCCAUCGGUCAGUGCUGGCUGCAUGCUCCAAGUGCUCUUAGGGACCGGGGUCCCUCGCUGGGCGAUGCUCCGCAGCCCGUGGUGCCCAUCGUCCGCCUCGUGCAUGUAAAUGCUGGCUGCAGGAGAUGGAUCUCCCUUUUUUUGCCCUGUGUUUUUAAAUAAAGAAGGAAAUCCCAGUUGCUUUUCCAA